UAGAAUCAUUCAAUCAUGUCAUGGGCCAGUGAACUUCCUUCUGAGCUUCAGCGCCGACCAACUGGUCUUGUUGGACUGACUGGCCUGGACAUCACUUACAAUGCUAUACACAAGCUGAUCUGGGACUCAUUCUAUAACAAUCGACGGUCAGACAGAGUACCCCUACAGUUCAAGGUGUUCCCCGGAGACCAUGAAUAUCCAAAAUGUAGAACAAACAAGAGACAGUCGUAUGAGUGGUACAUCCCUAAAGGGAUCCUGAAGACUGGUUGGAUGAAUAAGCACCUGACCCUGGUUCCUGCUGUGGUGGUUGUCUUCUUUGAUCUUGAUUGGGACGAGCCCCUGUGGAAGGAGAGACAGAUGGAGUGUGCCACUAGAGUGGAGAUUGUUAGAAACAGUUUACAUGGGCGAGGGACUAAGGUGGCAGUGGUCCUCAUACAGAAAAAUGCUCCCCUCCCUCCCGGAGAGGAUAUGGUGGCUGCAGAGAGGGCAGCAUCCCUGUGUAGUGCAUGUGAUUUAUCAGCUAAACAGUUGUAUGUGUUACCACAUACAGACCACCUCAUAGGCUACACCAUCAGGCUGGAGAAUGCAUUUUAUGAGCUUGCUCAGAGCUAUUAUCACGGUGAGGCUCGGAAAGUUAAAUCUCACCGAGACUUUCUAAACAAGACAACACACCAACUUCUGUUUGUCAGGCAUCAAUUCAAGAUUGCUUUCUUUAAUGAGCUGAAACAAGACAGUCAUACGGCACUGAAACACUACAAACAGGCAUAUGGGCACCUAUUGGAUCUUAGGAUGCAUGACACAAACCUACUGGAGAUUAAAACAAUUGCUGGCUUCAUCAGCUACAAGAUUUGUAGACUGUCAUUCCAGCAUACUGCCCCUUUAGAUGCUAUAGCUCAGUUUAGAAAACACAUUGACUUCUUCAAGUCCAGAGUGGGCUGUUCAGAGUUGGCAUUCGAACACAGUGCUUGGAUGUCAAAACAGUUUCAAGUGUUUGGGGAUCUUUUUGAUGAAGCUAUUAAACUUGGCCUGACAGCAAUACAGACACAACAUCCAGGGUUCUACUACCAACAGGCAGCAAACCACUCCAUCAACAGGAAACAGCUGUGUAGGGGGCUAUGUAAGCCCCUGAAUGUAGUGUUUCAGCCUGACCCCCUGGAGAGCCUCAGUAACCUUGACUUUUAUGGACAGAGACCCUGGAGACAGGGACAUCAGAGCAUUGAGCCUCCAGAUUUGCAGAGAGAAAGAGAUGGAAUUCUUGCUCUCCAGAGUUUAGAAGUCAAAGUGGACCACUCUUGGUUGAUUAUUCCUCUACUCAGCAGUGCUGUGGCACAAUUCAAAAAGUACAAAUCUCCCCGUAUGAAGCGAUAUCUGAUGGUACAGAUGGGAGAAGAGUACUAUCAUGCCAAAGAUUACAAUAAGGCACUCAUGUUGUUGAACAAGGUGACAUGGGAUUACCGCGGGGAGCGUUGGUGGUCCCUCCUGACCUCGAUUCUGGACAUCUCCCUGAAGUGUGCCUACUUGACCGCUAAAGUCCAGGACUAUGUGUCUGUCUGUCUGGAACUUGUGGGACCAUAUGUCAAACUCAGUGAUGAAGAGAAAACAAGAAUUCAGAUGAACCUGACUAGAGUCAUGAAUAACGACCAGCCUGAGGCUGAGCCAGGGUUAGAUUCUGAGUGUGUGGAGGAGGCACGCCGUCUCUGGCAGACCUCGACCGAGUCACCAUGUGUUUUCACCAUGGACGUACAGACUAUUGUACCAUUUGUGGAAUGUAAGGCUAUGUUUACAUCAGAAACAUUUGCAGCUGACAGUGAAGUGGAGCUACAGAUUUACAUCAGAGCUAAUUGUCAGUUUCCGGUCCGUUUUUCCAAACUCUCGAUUCAGCUGAACAAUCAGAUCUAUAAUGAUUACUGUAAGGUUGUGGAUGGACAUGGAAUAUCUGCUGUAUCUGAUGGAGAUUUCACAGACAAGGACUUGUACCUGGUUCCUAAGAAAACCAAGCUCUAUACCUUCUCUUUCCUACCCGUCAAGGAUGACAUCAAUUCACAGAUCGAGGUGACCUCUAUGGUCCUAGAACUACGGUCAGAGACAGGGAGGUGUGCCUUGCUGAGGUGGAUGGGAGGGGGAGGGGAUGCUUUGGUCUCGCCCUUUACCUCCUUACCAGUGAUAAACAAACCCCACACAAAGCAGGAGGACAUCCACUGGGAGUGCGUUGGAGUCCGACCUAAAACUAAAGUUUUACCAAGGACAGCUAAGGUUGACCUUGACCUAAAUCAUCAGCCGCCAUGUCUCCUGAAUGAAUUCUACUCACUGUCACUGGAUGUCAACAACGCAGAGGAUGUGGACAUCAACAAUGUCAGAUUGUCCUUUGGCAUCAAAGAAGAUUCUUCUACAACCGUUACUGACCAAACAAUACACAUGUGUUUGGAUAAACCAGAAUUUGAUGGAAAAACUGUCAACAGAAUCAACAAUAUAGACAUAGGGACCAUCUCAAAAGGGGGAAAGUGCACCAGAAAGCUGUACAUAAAAAACUUACAAACCGGAACACGUACUGUGUGUUUUAAGGUAGAGUAUGAGGUUUCCAUAACAACCAAACAAGGCCCAGUGACGUGUUCUUGUCAGAAGGAGGAGGAGAUUUCACUCAAUACGGUCAAUCCUUUUGAAGUCUCUGUCAAGCUGCUCUCCAUGAAGUUUGAGGCACUGGAUACUGUGCAGAUUCAGGAGCCAUUUUUACUUAGUCCAGAACUGAAUUGUACCUCACCAUGGACAAUAGAGAUAUCAACUAGUCGCCUCAAUCUGACAUCCAGCAUUUCUCAUGUAGAUAAAACUACACAGUCACAGCUGCAAAAUGUGUCUUUGAAUAAAUCAGAGUGUGCCACUGAAUGCAUCUGUCUGAUGGCCAUUAACCCCACUCCAUCAGCGGUGUCCUUGGGAACAUACUCAAUUUCAUGGAGACGGAAAACAGGGGAGGACACUCCGUUUGUGGACACCAUGUUCCCGCUGCCUACUGUCAAUACAGAGUACAUUCCCUUGUCCGUGGAGUUAAGACUCCCAGCCUAUGGCGGGAUUAAGUCCCUUCUACCAUUAUCAUACAUACUCCAUAAUCGUACACCGUACCCACAGGAGAUAGAACUUACCAUGGACACUAACGACUGUUUCAUGUUCUCAGGAAACAAAGAGUUUCACUUCCGAGUGCUGCCAGGGGUGCCGUAUGAAUUAAAGUACAACUUGUUUCCUUUGGUGGCAGGUCAUGUUAAUUUACCAAAAAUAAACUUUGUUGUAGUUUCACUUCCGAGUGCUGCCAGGGGUGCCGUAUGAAUUAAAGUACAACUUGUUUCCUUUGGUGGCAGGUCAUGUUAAUUUACCAAAGAUUAACUUUACUCUUCUUCGAUACCCAGAACCAAUAGACCCAACUCUACAGAAGAUGUUACCUACCCAUAUAUUUAUUAAGCCCUGUGGUAAGGUACUGUCCCAAGGAACAUGAUGACAGUAUGUUGAGAGAAUUGUUACAUCUGAUUGGUCAUUGAUUUCCUGAUGAUGGCUGUGAUUGGUUACCGCUUUCCUGAGCUGUUGAUAUUGUGAUUACAGUGUAUUCCUAAAGACUAGGCUAAAUAUCUGUUGUAUAUUUCUGUCUUGUAUUUACAUGUACAUUAAAUUGUUAAGAACCACAA